AUGUCAGGCGGUUUGCUCAAACAGCUUGCUUAUACUCUCAGCUCUCGUUGCUUCACCACCUUCUCUCGCCCUUCAACUCACCCAUCGCCCUCUCGCUUCUUCACAAACCGCAAACUCAGAGAGUUCUCGCAACCCAAUUCCCUCGCUGCAAAGUUUUCCACUUCUUCUCCGGAGACUCCCACUCCCUCGGCCGAGCCAUUUGCUUCGCCUUUCCUUUCUGUCCAAAUUCGCUGCCAAAAACAUGUAGCUGAUAUGCUUUCAGAAGCUCUUUUAUGCUUUGGUGCAAGUUCUACUAGUAUCGAAGAAGAAGAUAACUAUGACGGAAAGGACAAGAUUUGCAUCGAUUCCAUAUUUCCUGUGGGCGAAGAUGUAAAUACAUGCAUUUCACGAGCUGCUGAUUCCAUAAGCUUAAAAGAGAUACCUAGUUAUGAAGUUAGGAUGGGUGAGCCGUUCGACUGGAUAAAGAAAACUCAGGAAUCAUUCCAUCCUGUUGAAGUUACUGAAGGACUUUGGAUUGUGCCCGAAUGGAGAAUUCCCCCUGAUGCCGAAGCAACAAAUAUAAUUCUAAAUCCUGGAUUGGCAUUUGGAACUGGGGAGCAUCCGACUACUAAGUUAUGUCUAUUGCUGCUUCAUGGAUUGAUAAAGGGAAGAGAACUAUUCUUGGACUAUGGCACAGGUUCUGGAAUUCUUGCAAUUGCUGCAGUUAAGUUUGGUGCUGCCUCAUCAGUUGGAAUUGAUAUAGAUCCUCAAGCAAUUACCUCUGCUCGCCAGAAUGCUGCUCUGAACAACAUAGGACCUGAAAAGAUGCAAUUUCACCUGGUAGCUAGCCAAAAUCGCUCUCCCUUGAUAGAUCCAUGUGGAGUUGUGGAAGAUCAGAGCUCAUCUGGAGUGGAAGCCAUCUCAGAAACAGACAAGUAUGACGUGGUCAUUGCAAAUAUACUCUUAAAUCCCCUAUUAUAUUUGGCAGAUCAUAUUGUCUCUUAUGCAAAGCCUGGGGCAGUCAUUGGUCUUUCUGGCAUUCUCUCUGAGCAGGACAAAAAUUUCAAUUUCAUCUCCCUGAGCUUCUAUCCUGCAAAAGAAAAUGAGGUAGAAGGGGGAUGGGGAAUGGAUUAUAGAUUACAUUUUGCUGGGUAG